GAAGUAAAAUUUCAUAGCUGAAAUAAAGUAUAAUCAUAAAUAAAAUAAUAUACUGAAAUAACUCUCAGUCUUACUUUAGUCUUCCACUCCUUUCCUGUAAAUUUUUUCCAUUUAAUCUAAUUCUGUUCAUUUUUCUUUUCCUUUUUCAUGCCUCUUUGCCUUCGAUAUUUGAUACAUGAUAGUUUUAUCUGCAUCCCAUUUUCCUAGUUAGGGGUCUUUCCCCUCCCUCCCACAGAGACUGAUUGAGUUGGGAGUCUAGAAGUAUGGGGGGAGGCUAAACUGGAUUUAAUAUAUAUAUUUUUUUGUCUUGAGCCCACUUAAAAUUCAUUUUUCUUAACUGUAAAACAAUGAUUACUCUUUUCUAUUUUCCUGUGCAAACUGGAAUAUUCAUUUUUCUGGAAGGUGAAUUUCACUCCCUCUCUGUGCUGUUUAUCUCUUAACUGAAACUUUCCUCCUUCCUCUUUCAUGUUGUUCUUUCACAUUUUAGUUCCCACCCCUCCCCACUUCCCUGCAAUCCUGGUAGCAUGUUUUGGGCAUUCUUUCAGUGCCUCACCAGUAGCCUACAAUUUAUAUGAGGAUCAGCAAAAUAAAGUGUGUAUCAGUUACUGACAGCAACUGCUGUAAUAUUUUUAAAAAGUUAAAAAAAAAAAAGAAAAAAGAAAUCCCUGCACCAAUAUUUAGGGCGUAUAUGAAGACCCAGGAUUUAAUUUGUGUUGCCAUGCAUUUGACCAAUAUAAUAUAGAUAAGAAUGUGGAGUUUCUUGCACAUCACAGGCUUUUUAGGGCAAUAAAAUCCAUCACUUUAUCUUGUCAUGUGCAUAGAGGGAAAAAAUAGGUACAUUUACAAUGUAACAAAACAAACAAACAAACAAAAACAGAAAAAAUCCCUAUCCUUUGUAAAAUAAGGUCUUCAGAUUCAAGAGAGAUGUGAGGAAUACCUGUGCAAGGAAUGUGGCCAAUGAUGGUUACCUACUCAGCAGGGGCAGAAGGGGAUCAGGCAGCCUUCAGAGGACCCUAGGUAGGAAAGAAGAAGAACUUGUUUUUAUGUGCUAAAAUCUAAACUUUGGAGGGGUACAAAAACAGUUGGAUAUCAUAGCAUUGGUUCCAGCUUGCUGGCCACUCUGAAGUUGUAAAGUGCUGCUGCUGGCUUGGUUUGGAGUGUUUUCUAUCCUUGUGGGCUCAUUUGCUGAACAACAGGUACUUGCUGAAUACUCUGUAGAGGCAUGAUUGUUUGUAGUAGCCCUUAGUAUGGGAAGGGAUGGAAUUUUCAACCUUUGAUUUUAAAAUAUGUAGAACCACCAUGCCUCACAAAGCUGAUGAUGCUUUUCUAGAACAGAUUUAUUGGACCCCUCAUCCUUCAGGAACAGUAGCAGGAGUAUCCAUCUCUGAGUCCAGUACUCUGACCAGGUUCUUAUAUAUACCACACAUGGAGAAUGCAGUGUUUAAUAUUAAAGUUUACUUUGAAGGUAUUUGAUGUUAUACAGGGUUUUUAUUUAGCAGAGUGAUGUAAUAUACUGAAAUCUCAAUAUAAGUAUAUACACUUACACAGUUCAGUCACAAUACCAAUAUGAUUGCCAUUAUUGAUCUCUACAGUAUGCUCACCUUAACAGUGCUGGGCAUCCCCAAUCGCCAGGAAGAAAUAAUAUGUGAGUUGAAAACAGCUCAAGCCCAUUGCUCUCUUCAAAAUUCCUUUGGUAGUUGUUCAGGUUUUAUACUCUGUCUAAAGAAGGCAUACACAUUGUUUUGAUAAACUCAGGAAGAGUUUACACCAGUUGAUCCUCUCAACAGAUAGAGCUGCUUAUGUAAAACAAAGGUUGCCCUCUGGUCCCCUUUGUGUUGAGAUAAAGUCAGCUCUGUGCAACAGUGGUGGUUAAUGAGUCACAUCCUACCUUAUUCCUGAGCUUCAUGGCCACCUCACCCUUUCCCAUCUUCUCUGAGCCUUCUUCCGUUGAAGAGAUUUAUUGGUCAGUCACAUGUCUCCCUUGGUGCCCUCUCCUUUUUCCUCAAUUUAUAGAUUCUGUUCUGAAUACCACAGAGGCUAUGUUAAGACUGUUCACAAAAAUCUAGAACCAGUAGGAAGAUGACUAGGUCAAAAAAAGUUUUGUGGGUUUAAAAAUUGGCUCAUUUUUUAAAAAAAUAAGGGGUGCAGAUCCUUGAUGCUCUUCAUUGACUGCCAAGCUCUGGAAUAUCUACAUGAUGGUAUUAAUCACUGCUGAUCUCUGAAUCUGGUCAGAUUGCAGGCCAGGUUUCCGCUCUUUUUUGUAAUGUUCAGGAUGGAGUUGUUUCUGGAGAGCCACAGAAACAUAAGAGAUUUGCAGUUGGACUUACAGUAAUAGUUGUACCCCCUUAGGCACUCAGUCAGCAUGUGUGACAGGUACCAGAAGGAAAUCGGGCUUCCAGAUGAACUGUUACAGACUAGCUUGUGUGCAUACUACUCAAGGUUAGCAUCAUCUGGAGCAGAUCAUCAUCAUCACUGCAAAGUGCUUAGGGUGGGUUUAGUUUGGGACCUGUGUGGUGACCCUGAGCCAUAAUUGCUAUUUGUUUGUGUGUGGAUGUGCAUGUUAAUGUGAGAUUGUAUUGAAGCCUGCCACAGUGGUAGCAUUAUAGCAGGAUGUUGAGGAUUCCUGGGAUGUGGUGAAAGAAAUACAAGGUGUCUGGAGAAACAAGGCUUGUUGGGGUAGUUAGCAGUGAGAGCAGUGCUCUUCUAGGUGUAUGCAAGACUCCUGCUAGCUAAUUCCUUAGUAAGAAUUCAUUGAACAGCUCUGAUGAUACAGAGAGAGAAUUAAGUUGAUAGUUUACUUUCUGUUGUUGAUGAUUUUUGACUGUAUAGGAGAAAAAAGUGAGGAAGGCAUGUUUUUACCACAGUAUCUAAGUGAACGUAUGAAGGAGGUGUGCUGAGUAAACGUAAAGAUUUUUACAAGUGAGGUCAUGAGAUUUGUUAAUGUUUGGAUCUGAGGGAUGUAUUUCUUCUCUGUUGGAUAGCACAGAGGCUGUAUACUUUAUAGUGCAAAAAAGGGAAAAAUGGUGAAUGUUUGACCAUGGAAAACAAGUAAUCAGGCUUACCAUAUCCAUGACAUAUAUGUUACAGAUUGCCUAUCACAAAGUUGCUUACCAGGUGUUUAUCACAAGAUUUGAGAUCCUUUUGUGGAAAGCACUCUGUACUAUCAGCAUACAGCUUAGCUUUGCUGAUCAUCUUGGGUUUUGCUGAUGUAUAUGGCAGUCCUUAAAUGCAUAGAUUUCCUAGUUCCGUAGGUGAGCAGGAUAUCGGCUGUUGUUCUAUGGCUGCUGUUUUCUGUUCUGCUCUGCAAACAGAGCUAAUGGGAACAGAGGAAAGACUAGUUCUGGCUGUUUUCAGACCAUUUUCAGCCGUCUUUGGAGAGUAGUAGAGAUCAAUGCCUUACAGACUAUUCUUAAAAUUUUCCACACGGAAAAUAAGGGGAGAGGGUAUAAAUGAGAGCACCAAGCUUUUGCAUUGCUUAGUCUCAGUCCUGUGUGUGUGUGUGUGUGUGUGUUUUUCCCUGCAGGUGGCUAUUUUCUUGUGUAUUUUCUUUAUCAAAGCUCUCUCUAUUGCAAUUUCAUUUCUCUGCUAUGUUCUAUCAGGCAAGAGUGUUAGCACUGUAACUCUAUAGAAUAGCGGCAAUGAAAGCUUGUACGAAAAUGGAGCUUUUGAAAGAGCUCAGGAAACAGAAUAAAGGAUUGGAUCCUUGCAGACCUAUCAUGGAAAACGGAACCCUUCCUUCAAAAAGCAAAGUGAUUUACCUCUGCCCUGUUUAUUCCUCAUUACAGCAGCAUGUGAGAGAAAUACUGGGCACCAACCCACAAGGUGGUAGUGUCAGGCAGGAGGUAUGGAAUAGUUUCUGAUGCCAAUUAAACAUUAUGUAGUUUACACUGCAAUGCACAGCAGCAUAGGAUUGAUAGUACUCUCUCUCAGAAGAAAACAACCUAAUUCUUCAGCGAUAAUAAUUUCAUGGAUUCUUCAUUUUGGUGAGGGGAACUGGCUUUACCCAUCUGUGGCCUUGCAGUUGUUAAUUUUGGUAGCAGUAUAGAGGUAAUUAAACUUGUGUAGUAAUGGGCACCACACACAGAUAUAACAAGGGGCAACUGCUGCACAUUCUGAUCCGAAAAAGAAUAGACUGAAAGUGAGGAGCAAAAAAGGAAAGUGAUUUGCUUAAAAUCAUACAGCUGGUUUGUGACUGAGCUAGGAUUAAAGGUUAGUCUCCCAAGCUUCUGACCAGUAGAUACUUCUUGUUCCUUUUAUAUUGUGAUGCUGCGAUCCUUUGGCUUGUCAUAAGUUCUUUUCUUAAAGUCAGUGCAGGUACAGCAGUAAAAGCUAACUUCCCCCCCCCCCUUCUUUUGUCCAUGUUAAGUCAUGUUUUCUGAUAUUUUGAGGACAAAAAGCACCAGAACUCCAUGAACUGCAAAACCAGAGGAAGUGUGCAGCUGUCCCUACCUCCUGCUUUCCUUCUCUACUGUGAUGUUCUUCUUUGGACCUUUGAUUUCAUCCCCACUGAGUGUGCAGUGAAGGGCCUACCUCAGGAAGAGAGCUGAGGAAGCAGUCUGCGGACCAGAGAACGCCAUGGCUUUGAGCUCUUAUGUCCUUCACUUCUUCUAUAAGUUCAAAGUGUUGCUGCUUGUAACUUUGUGUUUGAUGGUGCUGUGGGCCUCACUCAGUUACAUUGUGGACUCUGGACAGGCUAUUCCUAAAGCUAAGAGCCUGGUGGAAAAAAUCAGAAAGGUAGCCAGCCUGGAGAAGGAAGAGGACAGUCAGAAGGAGAAGACCAAGUCAACUGUGAAAGUUCCCACAGUGCAGUCAUCUCAGGGUUACUGCCCAGCUCUUUCUCCAUACCUGCGAGGUGCCAGCAAACUCACCUUCAAAGCAUCUCUCACGCUGGAAGAAGUAGAAAAGGAGAACCCUCAGGUAGCCAAGGGCCGGUAUCAUCCUACAGAGUGCUCAGCAUUGCAGCAUGUGGCCAUCCUCAUCCCACACCGCAAUCGAGAGAGGCACCUACUCUACCUCCUGGAGCACCUCCACCCAUUCCUACAGAGACAACAGCUGGACUAUGGCAUCUACGUUAUUCACCAGGCUGGCAGCACAAAGUUUAAUCGAGCUAAGCUGUUGAACGUAGGAUACCUAGAGGCCCUGAAAGAAGAGAACUGGGACUGUUUCAUUUUCCAUGAUGUGGAUCUGGUGCCAGAGAAUGACUUCAAUAUUUACAUGUGUGACAGACAACCAAAGCACCUUGUAGUUGGCAGGAACAAUACUGGAUACAGGUUACGUUACCAGGGAUAUUUUGGAGGUGUAACUGCUUUAACGAGAGAACAAUUUUCCAAGGUGAAUGGAUUCUCUAACAACUACUGGGGUUGGGGUGGAGAAGAUGAUGACCUUCGAAUCAGAGUUGAGAUGCAAAAGAUGCGAGUGAUGAGGCCGUCCCCUGACGUAGCCCGGUACACAAUGAUCUUCCACACUCGAGACCAGGGCAAUGAAGAGAAUGGAGAGAGGAUGAAGCUUUUACGCCAGGUGUCAAGAAUGUGGAAAACAGAUGGGCUGAAUUCUUGUUCAUAUAAAUUGCUCUCAGUGGAACAUAAUCCUUUAUAUAUCAACAUCACAGUGGAUUUCAGUGUGCAGCCCAAAGUCUCGUAAGGAUGUGCACCACAGUUUCUCGGAGAUGGGGACAGACCUUCCGUUUGUGGCAGCUGAAUCCCAGCAUUCUGCUUGAACGAGUACUUCAGUAGCACAGAGGAGAGAGUUUUCUUCACAGCAUCUAACUGAUUGGUUUAGAAUUUCCUUCUGUGAGGACUAGAGACGUGGACUGACCUUAGGGGACAGUUCCUGGUGUUCUUCUAUGCACUUUCUGCUGGGACAUACAUAAAAGUUCCCUUGUUUGGGCUAGUCCAGUGGAAGGACUUGAACUAUGCCUCCUGAAAGAACUAUGCUCUCAUAACUAAACUUAUGUUUGUUGUACUGGAAAGGCAGCUUAGUACUGGCAACAUUGUCAUGACUUCAAAAGGAGCAGGCCAGUCUUUUUUUCAUUCAAAGCACAAGAAUAUUUCAGCAUCUACAGACUUGCUGAGAAAAGCUAUUUUUCCAGCCUAAGGAAAAACUGCUUAUGUGUGAGGGAAGGCAGCAGUGGUAACAGUUGAGGGGUUGUUAAAAACCUCUCAAUAAAAUAAAACCCAUUUCAUUCAAAAGGCAUCUCUUGUCCUUCAUAAGCUCAACUCACUCUGCAGUGAGAGUGCUCAGAUGUCCUGCAGCAAAAUGAAAGGCUCACUUAAUUCUGCAGUAGUCUACAGGCUGUUAUUCUGGAGAGAUUCGUAAGGAAGUGCAUUGGCUAGCUAUGGGAGAUGGAGAGAAACUGCUGUGGUUUUGUUUUGUUUUCUGCCUUUUUUUUUUUUUUUUUUUUUUUUUUUUGUGAUGCUUUGUGCCUCACUGUUGGCACAGUGCAUAUUCAUAUAAGUGCCCAGGCCAUUAUUAUUGGUGUUUCUUGUUUUAGAUUGGUGGUGAUCUGUGGAAAACUAACAGUUCUAGUGUGCAACAGGAUUUCUGCUAAAAAUUUUAUGAGAGCAGUUAUGAAAAAUAGCUGUCUCAAGCUUGCAAAAUAGUUGUGUCUGGUAGGCAGUGCUACUGACUGCCUUUAUAGAGAGUAAGAUUACAAAAAGGGCAAGGUCUCACAGUCAGGUAAGUACCUGCCAAGGUCACAGCUCAUGUGACUUAGUUAUUCUCUGGUAUUUCAUUAGACUCUUAAGAAGUAUUCUAGAAAAUCUCAAACCAAACAGCACUCUCAAUUUAUUUUACUCAAAAUUCACAAAAAUAUUUACAGGAAAUGCAACAGGUUUCAAUACUGUAACAGAGUCAGUGAAUUCUUUUUCAGAAUACAGUAUUUCAGAGGAGCUGUUGCCCCCACCAGGAUAGAAGUGUCUGAUGGCACAGCUUGCAUCUCAUUUACAAUUUAAGGAAGCAGGAUAGAGCUAUCCUGCUAUGGAACACAGGGUACUAGAAAACUUACAUCACCUUGCUGUCAAGAAGAUCUUAAUUGUCAAGACCUGGGGUGCAACUGGCUCAGUAGGUAUUGGUUUACAGAACUUUGAGAGAGUCUUUAUACAGUAAGCCAUGUCCUAUUCAUUAGCUAUCGUUACCCUAUGCCUGAAGUCUUUUCUUCUAAGUCUUGUAUGCUCAGAAGAGAUGUGAAGUGCAGGAGACAAAAGGACUAAUCUCAGGUGGAGCAUGUGCUGUACCACAGGAGGUAGAGACUCAAUGCCCAUGUGCUGCCACAGUAAGCUCAAACUCAAAUUUUCUUUUCGUUCCCUUAAGAAAAUGGGGGAACAUAGCCGAUGUCCACAGUGAUGUUGGUAUAAAGAGGGUGUUUCUUCCUAAAAAGGAGCUUGAACUCUAAUGAGUUCAUUCCAUCAUCCUUCCAUGUUUUUCUGGUGUUAUGCCGGGAAGCAGGCCUGAAGAAGGAAGAAUACCUGCAGUUAGAUGCAAAGAAAACCCCAUAUAGGAAAUGUCUGCAGCUGAUGCUUUAGAAUAGAGGCAGGGAAAGAAAUGGUGUUCCAGAUGACAAGAGCUUAGUAGAUCAAGGAAAGCUGCUAGCAGAAACCCCCCAGAAUGUAUUUCUCACAUAACAGAUUAGAGAAGGUAUUUUAUGAUAAACUGGACUAACUUCAUGCUGAAUCUUAUAAACAAGGAGCACAAUUUGGACUAGAACACAGGAGAUAACUGAGGUGGCAACUACACACUGCAAAAACAAGAACCUGGCAGCAGCUUUAGAGAGACCUGGGACUACAGGAAAGGGGUUUGCAGUACUGGCAUACAGAGGCUGCUGUAGGUAGGUUUAGUAUAGGACUGUUACAGAAAUCUCAAUGUUAAUACUAUGUGAGGGAAGCCUGAUGUUUCAGUAAGAGAAGCUUCCAGCACACUUUAACCAGCGCAGCCCUCCAGCACCUUUAUGUAAACUAGGUCAUUGUUAAGGGUCUUUUGUCAUGCACCUUACUCAUUUCUUCAAGCUAGAAUGCUGCUUUCCUCUAUUUUAAUGGGUCAUAGUAAAUCUGCAAUGAUUUUAAUGUAGUACAGCCUUGGACAGAAGAGUGAAUUUUUAUUAUAUAGAAGUUGCAUAAUGAUUUUUAGAAAAGGCAUAACAAAAGGUUCUUCAAACUCAGUUCUCCCUAUUUACAAGGUAGAUUGAGGUGGCACUUUAAAAGUGGAAUGCUGAAGUUUGACACUACUGGCAGCUGUCUAUCAAAACAACACCUUCCUACUAAGUAAGAUAAGGGAAACAGAAGUAAUGCAUCCACUCUUCAAAGGCAAAGACAUGAGCAGUACAGUUCAGUUGAAACUGACUGGGGAUCUGUACUAGCUUCUGAUAUAACUUGUGUGUGUGUUGGUGGGCCAUCUUUUGCAUUAUUUUAGUGAAAGCGCUACCAGAAGGAUGCAGUAAUUUAAAUCACUGCAAGGCAAAAUAAUGUUUUUAAAAUGGACUAUCCUCAAAUCUAGCAGCAAAAACAGGGAGCUUCCUUCAGCAGCAUUAAAACAGAAACAUAGUGUGUGGCAUUAGGCAUGUAUAAACCAUUCUGCCUUGUUCGAGAAAGAUGAUGGUUACAGUAACAAGGCACACAGUGGCCCCCCCCCACCCCCAGACGUUACCUUCUCCAAGACUCUCUGAUCUCUGUUUCUUUCUUGGAGUCCAUUACUUUGUAGCGUCCAAUAUGAGGUGGUGUCCGGACUAUUUUCAUUCCUGCCAACUGAAUCCUUUAAAACAAAAAUGAAGUGUUUGCCUGUGCAUAAAGAUGCCAUCUCUAGGCUUAGAUACAGUAAGUUCAAGGGCACAGUUGACUUUCAGUAUUAAUACAAUUUCAGCAAAAUGCAGAGGCUGAAAGGAGCAAGUAAGUUUAACAAUUUGGUGCCAAAUUGUGUUCCCUAGGGGGUUCUAGCUGGGUUUGGGAUGGGAAGUUUCUGGUUGCUAUGGGUUUGGACAAGGAAGAAAGAUGAUUAGCAAAAAGGGAGUGAACAACAGUGUACAGGGCCAUCCAAGUGCAACAUCCAUGCCUCUGACAAGUGAGCAUUAUUUUCACUUAAUAAGGGCAGAGCAUCUACUGCCUAGAGGUGGCUCUGUUCAUUUCUUUUUUUUUCUUUCUUUCUUUCUUUUCUUUUCUUUUUUCUUUUCUCUUUUUUUUUUUUUUUGAAUUCUUGUAGUUUCUAUAAGGAAAUCUAAUCUCUUUAAAGAACCCAGUCCUGAGUCUCAGCUCUAGAUGAAGUCUCCUCUUCUUUGACUAAUGCCAUUCCUACAGAGGAUGUGAUUAGAGGACUGACUUCAUGAAAGAAUAGCGAUAACUAAAAGACACCAAAGCAACAAAUUCAGGCUGGUCUGCUGCAGUACAAUUUGCCAAGUACUAAUUGAACAGAAGCUUCAGAAUUCCAGCAUAGAGCUGCUAAAAGCUGCAUUUUCGGUGACGUUCAAGAAAUCCAUUGCUGAUGGCAUCUAUAUUAACUUACUAAGAAAAAAAACUGCCAGUAGUAGUGCUAGAUCUAGCAAAUCUCUGUUACCAUAGGAUGGUUCUUAUGCAAAGAAGAUUUCUGUGAAUGUAAGUUUCAGUGAAUGUUUGCUUGAUUUAGUUCAUCUGAUAUGUUUGUAACAUUUGAUGGCCUUCUGAUGAGCUCAAGUACUGAAGCAAGCUGCACAGAAGUAGGAUUGCUACAAAGCUGAAAGAAACAGGCUAAAGAAUUUCAGAUAUCUGCUAGUCUAGAGAUAUCUAAUGAUUACAACAGUUCAUUAAGAGUACAUAUAACAUAUUAUUUCAUCCAGGGUUUUAGACAAGACUUCUUAUUUUCCAGGUGUAAGCAUAUUGCAUAUUCAAUCAAAAAAGACAAGAAAAGGCAGGAAUGAAGAACUAUUUUUGCUGUUGCAGUUUUUAUAUUGGAAGAUUAAAAUAAUAACCCAAUAUGAAACAGUUAAUACAACAUUCAUUUACAGUUUCAAGAAGAACCCCAACAGACCUUUUUUCUGUAGUUGAUGUUAACACAUAAGUGAUUCCAAUUCAAUUAGUGUUUUCUUCUAAUAAAAGGUAGAUGCUGGUGUUUAGUAGGACUAAUAUUUAGCUUUAACAACUAAUAUAAUAGAAUAUUGCAGUCUGUGCCAAUUACAAGUAGCAGCCAGCACUUUUUUGGGGGGGGGGGGUUAAUUCUGGUUUAAUAAGCAGCAUUCCAACAUGAAAUCUUUACAUAAGACAGGCUGCAAUGUCAAUUUCAGAUUCCAAUUUAUUUUUGUUCAUCUUUUGCGGGAUGCAUUUGAAACUUUCUAAAAUCCAUAUCCCAGUAGGUGUAUUAUGGUGACCAUUCAAAAACACCCAGCUCAUUUCCUGAGUUUGGAAAGUUGAAUUAAUCAUUAACAGUCACUACCCCUGACCUCUGUGCACCUACAAGCCACUAUACUGCUAAGCGUAAGUUUUCACAAAACGGCACAAGAUUCACCUCCCUUCAAGAAAGGGCAAUUUGGGGAUCUAUAUAACCUACUUGCCUUAAGUGAUUUGUGUAAAGAAGUACACUCUUGCAUAUAGUUGGUAUGACUCUUCACCACUGGUACUUGAAAGACUACACUAAAGGCCUAAGCUGUACUGAGCGAAAAGCUGAAUAGACAGCAUUGUAGUGUUUGAUUUAAAGAUCUAUUUUCCUGGCAUUCCAUUCCACAGUAAAUGCCAACUUGCUAAACAAUUGUAUACUCUUUUAGUUAGCUUUCUUUGAAAGGAAAAGGAGGAAUUACGUGUUAGAAAAACCAACUUUCAAUUCCCAAAGGAACACUGGUUUGUAAAAACUCCCACAGUCCUUGAACAGAACAUUCUACUGAAACUCUGUAACUUGUCACACUGUGCAAGACCAAAAAAAAAGCGCCUUUAUUGUCAGUUUAUAAACUCCCCUUGAGCGUGCCUCAGUACAUGAUGAUAAAGGUAUCCUCUAGAUGAAAUGUUGCAACAAAGCUGGAUAAAGAAGAUACAGCCAUGAUUUUGUACUCAGAAUUUGCAUUAUGGAGAAUACCUGGAAGUAAUCAAAUUCACUUUUACAGCAUAAUGCUGCCAUAGCAACAAAGGUACAAGAAAAGG